AUGAACAUCAAGUCUUUUAUUUCCUUGUUCUCCUAUGCAAUUCUUAUCAUCUCUAUUGUGGCAAUUGAGCCUUAUGAAGAUGAGAAAAAAUAUGGUGAAAUAAAGAAAUCAGAGAGAAACAUUGAACAAAGUGACAGUGGAUACAAACAUAGUGUUGCUUGUAGUGAUGGAAUUGUCAUAGACAAUGGUGAAAACAACCCACUAUUUCCCAACUGUGAAAAAGAGGGUGGAAUGGGACACGAGGGAGGAAGUGGAAAGGGGGGUUGUGCUGGAGGGGAGGGUGGUGGUGGAAAAGAAGGAGGCAAAGAAAAAGGGGGUUGCGGUGGUGGACCCCCUGACAUAACUUUUCCUGGUAGUGCAAAUGGGGGCGGCAGUGGAAACGUCAUUUCUAUUCACAACAUCAGAAAGAUGGGCAGUAAUUGGGGACAUAAGUGA